AUGGAGGGCAAUCAAUCAUGGAUUGCAGAAUUCAUCCUGGUAGGAUUCCAGCUCAGUGAAGACAUGGAAUUGGUCCUGUUUGGUAUCUUCUCCCUGUUAUAUACCUUCAACCUGCUGGCAAAUGGCAUGAUCUUGGGUCUCAUCUGCCUCGACCCUAGACUGCACACCCCCAUGUACUACUUCCUGUCUCAUCUGGCCAUCAUUGACAUAUCCUAUGCUUCUAGCAAUUUGCCCAAUUUGCUGGCAAAUCUAGUGAAACACAAAAAAGACGUCUCCUUUGUCUUAUGUACUUUGCAGAUGAUUUUUAAUUUGACUUUUGCUUCUGUAGAGUGCCUGACUUUGGUGGUGAUGUCCUAUGACAGGUUUUUGGCGAUCUGCCACCCCCUGCAGUACACGGUCAUCAUGAGCUGGAGGGUGUGCUCAUUCCUGGCCAUCGCUUGCUGGGCGUGUGGAUUUUCCCUGGCCAUAGUCCAGGUAAGUCUGUUUCUACGGCUGCCCUUCUGUGGGCCCCAGAAGGUGAACCAUUUCUUCUGUGAGAUUCAAUCUGUUCUCAAAGUGACCUGUGGUGACAUCUGGAUCAAUGAAAUGUUCCUCUUUGCUGAAGGUGUGUUUAUCCUAGUUGUGCCCCUUUCCUUGAUGUUGGUCUCCUAUGUGCACAUCCUCUGGGCAAUCCUGAAGAUCCAGUCAAAGGAGGGCCGCAAGAAAGCCUUCUCCACCUGCUCCUCCCACCUCUGUGUGGUUGGGUUCUACUUUGGCAUAGCUAUGAUGGUGUACUUGGCCCCUGAGAGUAGCCACCGAGAGGAACAGAAGAAAAUCCUUUUCCUGUUUUACACUCUAUUCAACCCAUUGCUGAACCCUCUUGUCUACAGUGUACGGAAUGCUCAAGUGAAGGCUGCCUUCUACAGAGUAUGGCAGAAAAAGAGGACAGUGUGA